UGUAUUCUGUCACCGAUUGUUAAAAGGCAGCGGAGCAGUGUGGGUUUUAAGUUUGCCUUAAUUCCUUCAUUUUUACGUUUGGACCUAUUCGUUUAGGUGUGACAAACUAAACUGUAUAUUUAUUCUUCGUGUCAGGAUGAACUCAACUCAGACUUGAAGCGUCUUAGGUGAACUUAACCUGCUACUUAGCUUAGCUUGUUAGCUGCUGACAAAAAGACACCCGGAAGUUAUCAACACAUCGCUAAGCAAAAUGCUGAGAAUGUUGGUUAAUUAGCGACUAACUGCGACUGUGGAAUAAAUAUUUGUAGUGUUAUAAAGAAAGAUAGCAGAGUACGAGGGGGGACUGUCUCCAACUAAAGAGGAGAACUAGCGACAACGUCAACUACUGGACGCUGUUUUCAAGAAGCAUCAAGUUGUGUUACACAGAACAGGCCUGGAGUCUCUCUCUGCAGGCGUUAGGAGCAAAGUUCAACUCCCAGGUGUUAUUGGAGGAGGGAGGGAUGUCAGAGCAGCUAUCGCUGUGAUGUCCUUCAGUGGAUGUUUUCAAAACAGCCUUCGUCUGUUUAGAGCAGCAUCAAGGCCAUUUGAGGGAGUGGAAUCACAUCUGUGAAGAACAUCUUCUUCCUGAGCAGCAGAAGUGGACCUCCAGGAUGGAGCAGGAAAAAACACAGCACCCCCAUAUUACUCAGGAAGAGGAGGAGCCACACCCCACCCGCAUUAAAGAGGAAGAUGAGGAGUUACAGCCCCCCCUCUUUAAGGAGGAAGACGAGAAACACAGCAUCAGUCAUAAUGGAGAUCAUCUUGAAGGACUGGAGGGGGUGCCAUUGACUGGUGUCAUUAUGAAGAGUGAAGAUGAUGAGGUCAAAAGUGAAAGUGAGGAGAAGAGAGAGGUGGAGCCUAUAAGCAGCAGCUCAACUCAACACAUGACAACUGAAGCUGAUGGAGACCACUGUGGAGGAUCACAAGCAGACAAGCUCUUAGCUCCACUAUCAGAUAGUGAUGACAUGACGUCACACUCUCCUGACACUGAUGAUAAAAUCUCUGAAGCUGAUACAACAUGUCACACUGACAACACACACUUUGAAUGUUCUUACUGUUGCAAAACUUUUAAUCACGGUCGUAAUUUCAAAACACACAUGAGAAUACACACUGGUGAGAAACCUUUUUCCUGUUUAAGCUGUGGUAAAAGCUUUACACAAAAUAAUAGUUUGAAAAUACACAUGAGAACGCACACUGGAGAAAAACCUUUUAUCUGUUCAGUCUGUGCUAAAAGUUUUGCACACAAUAUAAAUUUUAAAACACACAUGAAAACUCACACUGGUGAAAAACCUUUUAUCUGUUCAAUCUGUGGUAAAGGUUUCGUUCGAAAUAGGGAUUUGAAAACACACAUGAGAACACACACCGGCGAAAAACCUUUCGUCUGUUCAGUCUGUAGUAAAGGCUUUUCAAAAAAUACGAAUCUGAAAACACACAUGACAACCCACACUGUUCAAAAACCUUUUGUCUGUUCAAUCUGUGGUAAAGGUUUUUCAGGAAAUUGGGUUUUGAAAAUACACAUGAGAACACACACUGGAGAAAAACCUUUUAUCUGUUCAGUCUGUGCUAAAAGUUUUACACACAAUAAUAAUUUGAAAACACACAUGACAACACACACUGGUGAAAAACCUUUUAUCUGUUCAAUCUGUCGUAAAGGUUUCGGUCGGAAUAGUGAUAUGAAAACACACAUGAGAACACACACUGGCGAAAAACCUUUUGUCUGCUCAGUCUGUAGUAAAGGUUUUACAAAAAAUACCAUUUUGAAAACACACAUGACAACACACUCUGGUGAAAAACCUUUUGUCUGUUCAAUCUGUGGUAAAGGUUUUGCAGGAAAUUGGGUUUUGAAAAUACACAUGAGAACACACACUGGAGAAAAACAUUUUAUUUGUUCAAUCUGUGGUAAAGGUUUCACACAAAAUAGUGACUUGAAAGUACACAUGACAAUACACACAGGUAAAAAACCGUUUUCAUGUUCAAUCUGUGCUAAAGGUUUUGUACGAAAAGAUCCGUUGAAAGUACACAUGAGAAUACACACCAGUGAAUAGGGAUGGGAAUGGAAAACCUGUUGUUGUUCAGAACCACUUCCCAGUGUAUCAAUUCCUUGGAAUCGUUGGCCAUCGAUUUUCCGGAUGGGGAUGACGUCAUUACGCAAAGUGCGUAUGGCGUAGUGACAUCAGACCUCAAGAUGGUGAUGCCUGGUUGGAACAAACACUAACAUUUUACAAGAAAAUAUUGUAACAGUGCUAUACUUAUAAUAAUUAUAAGGCUGCUAUUUCAUCAAGAAAGCGAGUGAGCGAUCAUGCCCCUUUUACCAGCUACGAGAUGAAGACGUUUGCAACCUCAUAGGAGGUCAAGCUCAUACUUUACAUCCUCGGUUUUCCAUCUUCUAAUGGAAUGGCUGAGCAAGCCAUAAAAACUGUCAAACAUGCACUGAAAAAAGCAAUGCAAACCGGCACUGACCCACAUCUGGUGCUGUUGUCACUGAGGGACACACCCGUGACUGGACUGAGCAUUUCACCUGCACACAUGUUAAUGGGCAGAGGACUCUGAAGCACCCUACCGUGUUGCAGUGCUAUUCUAAAACAGUUGAUGCUGCAGCAUGUCCACAACAGGGUACAAAACCUGCAGCACCAACAGAAACAACACUUCUAUCAACGAGCAGAGUCUCCACCAGUGUUAACCACAGGGGACACCGUCUACAUGCAUGAGAGAGGAACUACGCUCCUAUAGGGACGAAACUUAAGGAUGAACGGGGACAUCUGAGGAAGAUACAUCCAAGUUUGUUCACUGAUGCCUGCCAGGAUGAACAUGUGGACUUUAAGGUACACACUUCACAGACACCUGAGUCGCUUGACCCACCAGAACAGGACUUUCCAAAAAACAUUACUCCUCUUUUGAGUAUGGAAUGUAUGCCUGACAACCACAUGAGAAGUGGCAGAGAGAUCAGACGCCCUGCCAGGUUUAGGGACUAUUUUCCUUGACUCUUUAUGUUCUUGAUCCAUGUGUCUCAAGUUUUUGCGACUCUGUAUAAAAAAGAGAGUGAGGGGAUCCAGACUAAAGUAUGCACUGUAUAUUAAUGCUUUAUUUGAAUGAUUAUAUUUGCAUAUUGUAAAUGAUAAAACUAAACAAAUCAGAUUUGAGGUAACCAAAAGAUGUCACUUGUUCAUUGAAAAAAAUGUUGUAUUGGUCAUUCCAAUAGUCAGAUUAAAAGCAGAUGUGUUUGGUGUUCAUACGCUAUAUUGACAGUGUUUGGUAAAUAGGUCAAAAACUGUUGAACCUAUCUUGGAAGAGAGAGAUGUGGGGCAUUAGAGCGACAAGUCAGUGCUCUAUUAGAUUAGACCAGGGCUCCAAGAACUUUUUGAGUCGGAGGCCGCAUUGGGUUGAAAAAAUGGGUAAUGCAUUUUUAGACAAUAUGAUUUGCCUGAGCGGCGCGGAGACACCGAGAGUAACAAGUGUUAGAAAAUGGAUUCGAAAGAACAGAUUAAUAUAUAUAUAUAUAUAUAUAUAUAUAUAUAUAUAUAUAUUUUUUUUAACUUUGGAUUCCCGCGGGCCGGAUUUUGGACGCGGCCGUAGUUUGGGGACCACUGGAUUAGACUUUCAUUGUAAUUACUACUGAAUGGAAUAGGAGUCAUGAGGUUGUCAUGUAGGAUUCAACAGUCGAUGUUUGAUGUCUACAGUAAAAACAUUGAACUCUUUCCUCUGCCUCGUCUCCGUGUGUUUAUGAUAUGAACCCACAGUGUUGCUCUAAGACAGUUGUUCUCAACCUUUUUUCAGUGAUGUACCCCCUGUGAUUUUUUUUUUUAAUUCAA